GUGGCUCCGUAAUUCUGCAUUAGCGAUAUAUAUCGUCCGGUGUGCCUAUGGCCUAAAUUGCACGAUCUGGCAGCGCGCUUCAAUGUCAGAUGGCCAGGCGGUUUCCUGCCGCUCUGACAGCGCUCUUUCUACCAUUUGACAGCAACUGAGUGAAGAUGGCAGUCCGCUACGAGCUGUGUAUUGGUCUUAACCGAGGCCACAAGACCACCAAAGUCAAGAAUGUUAAGUACACCGGCGACAAGAAGGUCAAGGGUCUGCGUGGCUCCCGUUUGAAGAACAUUCAAACCAAACACACCAAAUUCACUCGCGAUUUGGUACGCGAAGUUGUGGGCCAUGCUCCCUAUGAGAAGCGCACCAUGGAAUUGCUGAAGGUGUCCAAGGAUAAGCGUGCCUUGAAGUUCCUGAAGCGUCGCUUGGGCACACACAUCCGUGCCAAGAGGAAGCGUGAGGAACUGUCCAACAUUCUCACUCAGCUCAGGAAGGCUCAGACUCACGCCAAGUAAAUGACGGACGCUUAACAACAAUCACAACAACAUCAACUCAACAUCUACAAGCAGCAGAUUCAAUAAUAUCAACGAUUUUGUGUUUUUGCUAUUGCGCGGUGUUAUUUUUUUUUUGCUCUGUCAAAGAAAGUGUAAAAAAUCCAACUACUUGAAAAGUCCAAGAAGCCACAAUUAAAAAAGAAAACCAACAAAAAUAUUACAAACAA